AUGUCAUUCUGGCCUCAUGUCAUUUGUUGGGGCAAGGACGACGAAUUCUCUCAGACCGAACAUUUGAAGCCUUGGCAGUCACAAGCCAAGGACUUGGAGGACUACAUCUUUUUCCACCGCUCGGCUUCGACCACCAAGGCUGCUGCAGAGAGCUCGGGAGAGUCUGCAGAGGAAUCUACAUCCGAGGAAGCAUGUCGUGAUGAGCGCAUUAGCCUCUGGACGUGGCGCACCUGCGGCCUGCCAAUUGGUGGCUUCAUUCUUGCCUUCCUCAAUGCCACCGUGACGGGAGUGUCCUAUGGCUUCUUCCUUGGCUACAUGGGCUUGGACUCCAAUGUCCUGAUGUCCAUCACGUCCUUGAUGAAGCUUCCGCAGGUGUUUCUUCUUCCCUUCGGCCUGAUAAACGACUGUGUGCCCAUCUGUGGGUACAACCGGAAGCCCUACUUCGUAGCAUCUUUCAUGGUCUGUAGCGGCGCGCUCUUGUCAAUGAGCCUAAGGCCGCUUCCAGACCCGUACUAUUGCCAAGAUCCAGAUGGGUGGUAUGACAACCUGCUGCCUCCAUGCAAUCCAGCCAUGCAUGCGGAGAAGAAUUGGUACGUGUGGCCUAUGUUUCUCCUCGUCACGGGCGUUCAGAUGGGCUGUGUGGCGGGAGAGGGCCUGCUCUUGGAGUACUCGCAGAGUGAGCCGCUGGAGUGCCGCGGGAAGAUGAAGGCAGAGUUCACCAUAGUCACCAUGGCAGGUUCGCUCCUUUCCUCCGCAGUCAUUGGGGUCUGCAUGAACGGCAAGGAAUAUUUGGGGACCUUCGACUGGUCUAUGUCCUUCAACGGCUUGAUGAUGUUAUGCUUCAUCAUUUCGACCGCCCUCAUUUUGAUCAGCGUGAUGUGCACCUAUGAGCCCCCGAAGGUCGAGCGCCCCUCAUUCCGCGCCCACAUCGAGUCAUCUUGGAAGCUUCGCUGCAAUCGGAGUCUUCUCCAGUGCAAAUGUCUCGGAAGCGUGUUGCUUUUUGCCUUCAUCACCCAGUUCUUUGCCGCCAUCACAACCACCGCCGCGCCCAUGGUUCGAAGCCAGUGGGCUGAGGUCAAGGUCCUGCAGCAACAGGUCUUUCAGAUGGGGGGCAUGUUCGUGAUGAUGGUGGCAACCUGGCUCUACAAGGUCUACUUUCUCCAGUCAUGCUGGCGGCGGGCAAUCUUCAUCGCCAUUGUGAGCGUGACGGUGUUGGAUGCCAUUCCGACCUUCUUGGCAGUUUUUGAUGUGAUCCGCAACCAGUACUUCUACCUUGGUGAGGAAAUCCUUGGUGCUGUACCCACCACGGCUUUGGCAUUGAUCUUGAACUUGAUGGUCAUUGAGCUCUCAGAGCCUGGUCAGGAAGGCUUGUGCUACGGCCUGGUCGGAACAGUGAUGCACUCCAGCCAGCCGUUCUCAACAGCUGUGAGCAAUCAAGUCUCCAGCCUCUUUACCCCUUCCUUGUCCAACCCGGCAAACUAUGCGCUGGACGCGCCCAGCUUCCGAGAGACGGUGGCGUGGUCCUACGGGCUGGCCUAUGCCACCUCCUUGCUCGGCAUAUUUGCCGUUCCUCUAAUCCCAAAGCAGAAGCUUCACGCGCAGAGGCGGAGGAAGGAAUGGAAGAGAAGUCCCUUCCUGACCUCUUUGGUCAUCGGCGUCCCAGCUGUGUGUCUCCCCUACGGUGUGCUUGUCUUGUUUUUGACCAGCCAACCAGAAACGGCAUGUUUACGUUGGAUUGGCGGGCAAGGCUGCAGCCCUUCAUGA